UUCACCUUUUUUUGUGAACUGCUUGCUCAGCCUGAACGGUUCAGACACAACGCAGCAGACUCCAUACACACCGUACAAGUAUCAGCUAACACAGCGCCUAAGUAAGUAAAGGCAGAAACGAAAUAUUACACACUUCACUUCUGACUACAGUCGAACCAUUUUGCGCAACCACACCUUGAACACUGUUGUCACUAUAACUACCUUCAUUUACGAUGACCCGCACAAGACUACUUUUGCGUUCCCGUUCAGCUGUGUUGUUGACAGCUAUGUACGUGGCUGUCUUCUUCAGUGACUACCAACAUGCAGCAGCAGUCAAGCUGGACAGAACGGGCAGCUGCUGGGAGACUGUUGAUAGUAGUUUUUUGGAUGCCACAAGUGACACCAGUGCCCCGUCUGGCCAGCCAGCCUACCAAAUCCUCAAUAAGAUUGAUGAGAACGUCUACAUUGGAGCCAAUGAAACACUCAUGAGGGUUUUUCUUGCAAACAACAAAGUGGCAAUGGAGAAGAUUGAUACGCUGGCAACAAUGGAACCCACAGGCCUUGUCAUAACUUGUGCAACGAAAAAUCCAACCACUCAAGAGAUUGUCUGUUGGAACUUCAUACGUAUUGCAGAACAAACUAGUUCCGGUGAUCUCCUUGUGUGUGGCACUAAUGCAGAAAGUAGGCUGUGUUACCGGUGCCCAAACGCCUCUCUAGCUGAGUGCACUCAAUUAACUACAAAUUAUACAGCACUGGCUCCGGUUCCUCAAAAAUACAAUAUUAAUGCAGCGGCAGCUAUAUUCAAGAGUGGCAAUGGGGAUAUGUUCUAUGGUGGGGGUGCAGCAGCAAACACCUUCAGCAGAUUUUCUGUAAACGCAGAGUUAAGCGCCACUAAGCCCAUCAAUUUUGAGCUAGAUACAGUCACUGUCGGAGAAGGGUUUAUCAAGGAACCAACCUUUAUAGGGAGACCCUUUGAUUACACUCACGAUGACGGUAACGAGUACGUGUUUCUGAUCUACCGUGAAACUGCACUGGAAUACACCGCUGGGACCAAAGUGUACUCACGCAUAGCCAGAGUGUGCAAGAAUGAUACAGGAGGCACCGUCAACACAAAGAAGUUUGUCACCUUCAUCAAGGCUCGUUUGGAAUGCUCCGUUCCCGAUGGUAAUGAGCCGGCAUUUGAAUAUGAUUAUAUUCAGGAUGUUGUCUGGGAUGCCAAUAAUCAGAGCGUGUAUGCAGUAUUUACCAAUCAAGAAAAUGGCCCCGUGUCGUCAGCCCUUUGCCAGUACAGGAUGGAGGAUAUCAUGAAUCUGUUCGAUAACGGUAAUUUCCUGCAACAGAAUGAUGGCGAUGUCAACGCUCUGUGGAAGCUAGCGAAUCCGCAACCGAACCCUAGGCCUGGGAAGUGUUCUGAAGUCCACGACACUGACUACCCUCCGCUGCUACAUAAGUUGGUGCCCAGCUAUAACGCCAAGGAACGAACUGGAGGAACUCAACAAACACCACCAUCCAAUUUUCCCACAUCAGAUCCGCCCAUACUUAACGUGGACGAUGUUCGCUUCACCAGCCUGGCUGUCGAUUUGGCUGUCGAUUUGGCUGUCGACUCUUCUGCAGUGUACUUCGUUGGAACAAGUGCUGGAAGUUUGAUCAAAUUUACGACAGAAGUAUGCGACGGAGUUAACACGAUAACAAGUGUUGAGCUUGCAGGAUUCAAUGCCAACGGUCCCAUAAAUGGGCUGGAAUUGUUGAGGAGUGCGGAUUCUGCUGCCACUUUCCUGGUGGGCACAUCCGAUGUCCAAGCCUCCAUCGAAUGGCCCUUGAACACCGAAUGCCAAUCAGCACGAGAUGAAUCGGAGUGUGCGCUCAGGUACCCUUACUGUAAUUACACUGAAGCCGGAUGCUCAUGUACCGCAAAUAACUGCACCAAUGACCCGCCUACAGAGUUUUCUGACAAUGUACUGACAGUGUUCCCCAACUCGAGUGUAUCGGCCUGCCUGAACGACCACGUGUACUGGUUUUGCCAUCUAGACAAUGACAACACGAUUGUCGAGUCUGCUGUUGUCACUCUGAAAUGGGAUAUAACGGAAAGUGAGGAGAUCAAGAUGACACCUAUAUAUACUAAUGAACUGGUACAAUUGGACGUUAUUGUGAAGAACAGCACCGUAGGGAGCUACAGCUGCACGACGGAUGUUGGAGGCAGAGUGGUGACUAAACAAGUUGAACUCGCUAUGAAAACGGACUGCUUAACAUGUGACAAUCUAAGUGCACGCUUGAAAGAGUAUAACACUCUUAAAUCGCAGAAUGAGGCUUUGCACAUGAUGUAUGGCAACGGAAAUGAAAUGUGUUCUGUGAAACGCCAGGAUUGCGCAACUGUGGACUUAACAUGUCCAACGUCGCCAUAAUAACUUUUUCUUCAACAUUGUGCAUUUAUAAAUGUAUGAAGGUUGGCAUGUUUAUUUUGUUUUUUAAGUUUAAGUUUAUUCGCAAACACAAUCGGUGGGAAUAAUCCAGAACUGCAACAAAAAAAAGAUCAGUUUUUCUGGAGCUGCUGUGUACAUAAAUUGGCCAAGCGCAGAAAAUCUAAGCUGCAACUUGUGGUAGGCUAUUUAUUUUUUUGCUUGGGCAUUUGGUCUGUUGGAAAGUCUUAAGUACAGUCAAUUCUAUAUUCGUACUACAUCUGUGUAUAUACUAAACUUUUCAGUUUUUGCUGGGGUAUUUGGUCUAUUGGAAAGUCUUAAGUACAGUCUAUUCUAUAUCGUACUACAUUUGUGUAUAUACUAAACGUUUCAGUUUUUGCUGGGGUAUUUGGUCUGUUGGAAAGUCUUAAGUACAGUCAAUUCUAUAUCGUACUACAUUUGUGUAUAUACUAAACUUUUCAGUUUUUGCUGGGGUAUUUGGUCUAUUGGAAAGUCUUAAAUACAGUCAAUUCUAUAUUCGUACUACAUACAGUACUAAACUUUUCAGUUUUUGCUUGGGUAUUUGGUCUUGGACAGUCAGUUCUAUAGUCGUACUAAACUAUAGUCGGAUGUAUCGUAUAUGUGCAUAAAUUUCCUACGCAGAGAACGCAGCUUGUACACAAAGGUUGACUGCAUAAAUGCAAAAACCAUCACCUUCCAUGAUACACCGAAUUAUAUUAUGUAAUUUGUUGGAGAUUGUACUUUGAUUUUGUUGAUUUGAUUUUGAUAGCUUCGGCAUUCUUGUACAUUCUUGUACAGCCCUUUUACAACUUCUUAUACUUCAAUGCAACUUGUUUAGUUUAUCCAAAAACCUCUGCCAUGUAACUUUUAAUAUUUCUUUGAAUUACUUACUGCAUGUGUCAUCACUUGCAGGCCAAAGGGUUACAGACAAGUAAAAGGAACGUUUACCUUAGAAUACUGUUAACAAUAUUCUGUUGAAUUAACCUGUUUUAUUGACCUAUCGCCAUUAGCAAGUUGGCCACGCCCCUUUAAUAGACAACCCUAUGUAUAGGUUUUGUACACUAAAUUUUGUUUGUCUAUUAUGUUGGGCGUUCCGCGUUCAUUUGUAGCGUAUGCUGUGGUGGACAAGCCAUGUUGAGUUGAAAAUGCAGCCGUGAGCGACCUCGUUCCUCAUGGGUACGAUCUUGCUGCGCCAUGUUGUUUCCCAUCAUGCCUUGCGCGACGACGCGCACGCGCCCAUGGAGUCGAGGCUGAGCCGUGAUUGUCGGUAUAGAGAGGCGUAAGUGUCGUAAUUGAUCCACGCAGAAACCCGAGUGAAGAAUCCCACCGUACCCGUCAUCAAAUCUGUCAUAAUUGGUGUGAGGCUAUUGCAGCACAAUCCUAAUCAUUGUAGAAAUAAUGUGGUUGCCCUUGAGCAAGUAGCGGCCAUUUUGCCUCCCAUGUCUUGGCAAGCUGACUUUGCGUCAUCCCAAGUUUGCUUUCAUAGAGUGAAGCGAUAUUCAGGCGUUCUGGAACAAUUGUGGCGCGCAAGAGCAGUGUGUCAGGAGAGGCAGGAACCUGACCCAAACUGACCAUUUCUAUACAUUAACAGCUGAAGUGAUUGCUACAAAAUUAACCAGUCUAUUAACCAGUUCAGAAUGUAAGUAUUGAGGUAGACUGAUGCAGAAUAAAAAGUGGUGGUCGCGCAUUUUAAUUAUAUGCAGAAGGAAUUAAUCUUUUUUCUAUUGUGCCAAAAAUCAAGAAGGUGGCAUACAAUAGAUCGUGUAGCCAUGGUCACUUUAUCGUCAAAUAAUAGUAAGGGUAUAAGAAACUAGUCUUUGUGGUAAUGACGGUUGGGAGAGACCAUUAUUUGUAAAAAUCGUGUUUCCCCCCCCCCCCCCCCCCUGUGAAUGAACUCUAGUUUGAAAACAAUUCAGCCACUCUUUUUAGCAAGGGUCAAUGAUAGAUGGCAAAAAUAACUGACUGAAAAAUGUUGACGUAAGUAAACAAAGUAGUAAAAUCAGCCCCACGCUUGCUCCCCUUCGUUUGCAUGAGGGUUAUAAAAAACGUUCGUAUUACAAUCUUUAGGAAAAGGUGUUGCAAUACAAUCAUCAAUAAUAUGUUAUCGUGAGAGAAUGUAAUGGAUUACAUGUACGUGUACAUAAAUUACGGCGCCUUACACACUUACGUUGCCAUAAGGGAUUGCUGAAAGUCUUUGUUUUUCUUUAGCAACUUUGCUUUGAAUAAUAUAACAUUUUAUAUAAAUAUGAAAAUAUUUAUCCUUCGAUUUUCAAUACUCUUUUGAUUCUUGCUUUAUAUAUUAAAAACACGGGUAUCAUAGGUAUUAAAUUACUACCCUCAGGUCUUAGAUCAAGAUUCGUUAAACAAUAAAUGUUGGUGUGAUAAAACUA